AUGCAGAAGCAGCAGACCGACGUCCAGGUGAUUGUCGCAGGGCUACCACGUACGGGGACAUUGAGUCUGAAGUGGGCGCUGGACAAGCUGGGCUAUGGUCCAUCUUUCCACUUGAUGGACAUCAAAAACCAGUUCCAAAGUGUCAAGCGCAGCGCCGAGGUCGUCAAAGUCGUCGACCAGGAGGAGAGGCAGAGCAAACUGCGGGAGCUCUUUAACGGAUACUCGGCGGUCCUGGAGCAGCCCGCCAGCACGUGUCUGCCUGACCUCCUGGAGAUAUACCCAAACGCCAAGGUGAUAUUGUCCAUGCGGUCAAGCCCAGAAGUAUGGCUAGAUUCAUGGAAGGGGCUCGGGGUCGAUGUCCGAGGCCUCCAAUUCCGUCUACUUGGAUACUGGGCACCCGGUGUCCUCACAAGCUCCGACCUAUACCGGGCUUGGACAAUUACAGCCGCCCAAAAUCACGGCAUUUCAGAACCGUGUGUAGAGCUCUACCACAAACACAACGCAUGGGUGGAGAGCCUAGUACCGGAAGAGAGGCUGCUGCGCUUCAACUGCACGCAGGGCUGGGCCCCUUUGAUCGAGUUCCUGGACGUCCAAAAGGUGACGGAGGGGCAGCUGGGCGAGUUCCCUCGGGCGAACCAAAGGGUCGUGUUGCGAUCGCUCAAGAGAGCAGCGAUGCUGUACGGACUGGGGGCUUGGGUUUUGAUGUUUUGUGCGCUCUAUAUGGUCAUUGAACGGUUCGCUCCGCUCGGAGGGGGCCUCAAGUCGACGUAUAGUCUCGCGGCAUAG